GCCGGCAUGAGCCGCGCGGGACUGGCCGCCCGCCUGUGCGAGGCGCUGCGCGGCGAGGAGGCGCCGGUUGUGGAAGCACUGCUGAAGCAGGGUGCAGAUCCUAACCUGGUUCUGCCAGAGGGAAUUGCAGCGAUCCACCUGGCUGCUGGCAAAGAAAGGGAAAGCGGGGUUCGUUGUCUGAAGCUGAUUCUCCAGUAUGGUGGAAACCCAAAUGCCAGGUCAGUAGAGGAACUCACGCCAUUGCAUGUAGCAGCUUCUUGGGGAUGUUACAAAUGCUUGAAGCUCCUACUGCGGAAUGGAGGGGACCCAAAUCUCGAAGACCAGGAUGGAAACAGAGCAAUCGACUUAGCCUUGGAACAGGGAAACAAGAUGUGUGUGCAAAUCCUGCAGGGCUUCCAGUAUGCCUGGCUCCCAGAGAAGGCCGAUGGAGCACAUAAGCACACAUUCUGCCACGAAGGCUUGAGAAAUGCUGAGAGCUUCCUUUCCGUUCUGACUGACGACUGCACGGAAACUGGUAUCAUCUCAAGACUUUCUGAAGCGUGGGAUGAUCCUGGACCGCUUAGCAGCACCCAAAAGUGUCUGCCGGACGGGAGUCCCAGUAAUGCAGGGCUGGGUAUCACGGUUAACAACGCAGCAGGUGCUGAUGCAAGUGGCCAACUGAGUUGUAUCCCAGGGAAUCUCCAGGACAAUCCGUGCUGUUCAGUGCCUCCAUCCACGUUGGCCUUUUGUGCCUAUUCGCACCCGGGGCGUUCCCAGGGACCUGCCACUUUGUCUGACAAUGGUCCAUGCAGCCGUCGUGGCCUACCUCAGCCAGUGCUGUCCAGCACUUGGCUUUCAGCCAGUAAUGAGCCUCGAGAACUAACUUCAAGUCUGACUAUAACACCGGGCUUUCCUGGGGAUGAAACUUCUGCUUCUCCUUCCUCAGAGACAGACGAUAGUUUGACACCACCUGGCCCUGGCUAUGAAGACACAACAGAUAGUGGUCACGGUCUAUCUUCCCAGCCAGUGCCUUGCCAGGAUGAAUCCAUUUCAAAGGAGUCUGUGAUCUCUCAGUCACAGCGUUGCAGCAUGAGCCAUGCAGCGCAGGCACGGAGAAGUGUCAGUUUCUGUGAGUCCCCUAAAAUUUUCCCCCUCCAUAACAAUGGGAACUGGAAGGAAAGGCCUUCUGGGCCACGCUGCAACCCCAGAGUUAGUGCUGCCAAUGGGACUCUGGGCCUGUCCCGGCUCAGUGACUUCCUCGAUCUCGAAAUGUUAGGGAAGGUGAAUGGCCAGGAAGGAUUGGACGUCACAUCCCCAGACCACGUGUACUUGUUCUGUCGGGCCAACUCCACAGCCGUUUGUGACUUGGAAAAGACAGUGAUGGAUCCAACGUUCCUGGCCAGAACACACGAAAAUUCAGACUCUCCCUUCGCUACUGGACAGGUGCUUAGCAGAAGCUCUGAGAGCGGCUGCAGCCAAUAUAGCAGCUGUGACAGCGACUGUUACGUUAGCGCUGCAGAUGCUUCUGACCACAGUGAGCCGAAGAAAUGCUUGGAAGGGAACGAGGGCUGUACCGGUGGAGAUACACAAUGCAGCAGCUCUUUGUGUGCCGGAGACGCAAGUGCUGAUUCCAACAGCGCUGGCAGCAAAGAUGGGAGUUCGCGAGUGCACUUAGGCAAAGGGUUGAUGGCCAGCACUGCAGGGCAGAGCUGCGAGAAGCUGGUAGAAAUGCCAUCUGCAGUGGAAGCAGUUAUGCAGCACGUGCCGCCCUCCGGGUCACAGAACACAGAGAUGGCAGGAAGAAGGCAUUUAUAUGCUAGUUCUGAAGCAUCCCAUAUUAGCAGGGAUGGUUCUGGUUUGACCUCCGCUGGGAAGCCAGCUUCAGAGCUGUAUAUCUGCGGCACUGCACAUAAAUCUCUCAAAGACACGGGGGUAUCAAGCCCUUCCCAAGAGUUACAGGCUGAAUGUGUCUCUCACAAGCAGAAUGACAGAGACUCAAGCAUCUUGUCGACUCAGGAACCACAUCAGUUGACCUCCGCUGAUGAUGUGGUUGAGGAAGCUGGUCCUCAGGAAGCUUCCGCCUCUGUGAACUACAGGCAAAUUAUUGCAGACUGGAAAUUGCAGGGUAAAUUGAAGAGGAUGCUGCUUUCCACGGACAACAGUCUCUCUGCAAGGACAAGACUGACCAGUAGCCAGUGGGUAGCAAGAAAAGCCGAUAUUCAGGAAUGGGAUCCCUCUGCAAAUGGAUCUGACCCAGAGAUGCCAGACACAGUGCUGCUAGGUGGGGCCUCGAGCGGGACGCCGGACAUAGGGAUGCCAAGUGGGGACAUGGAAGAGAAUAACACAGAGGAAGAAAUAAAUGGCAACCCAUUCAGAGGGAGAUCGGUAAAGCCUCCCAGUCUGAGCAGUGAAGCUGACACCUUAGUGAUCCAGCACAUUGACAGUCCCGCUGACGGUUCUGGAGAAGACGAGUUCACUCACUUGAACAAGAAACAGAUGUUUCCCACAUAUUCAGAUGUUUCCCCACUGCUUCAGAUGCGCCCCAAGCCCUGCCACGUCACCCCCAGAACAAAGAGCCGCUUGGCCUCUGCGGCGCGUGACAGCAGCUCCUCCUCAUCACUCUUUGAGGAGACACUGGAGAUGCCAAGGCGGCCCAGGAGAAUUAGGAGUCCUCCAGGGAUGCACUGGAUGCCAGUUGGCCCUGCUGCCUGUCUGGAAGGUAAUACUGCGAGGGCGAGCUGGGUUGCUCAGGGGGGUGAAAAUGCAUCUUGUUGGGAAGCAGAAGAGACUAAUGACCUGGAUGAUACUGAAAUAAUCACAAAAGCCACCAGCCACUCGGGGUCCUCUGCUGGUCAUAGCAGCUACCCAGAUGCCAGCCCCACAGUGCUGCUAGACUCUGACAAGGGCACUGAUGAGCAGUCCUUUUCCAGUAACAAGGGGAAAGCCGAGCCAGGUGCUGCCUGCCACCCUGGCCCUCCCUGCCUCCCAAGCUUCGAUACAGACAACCCCCCGUCAGACAGCAUGUGGCUGACGGAGGAUGGGGAGAGUGACUGCACAGACCCAACACGACGGGUUGCUCUCACCAGGCCCCUUGAUGCAAUAGCCUUCUCCGAGGCUGAGUCAGAUGCUGCGAAUGAGGAAUAUGGGAGUGUGUUGCCCAGCGCGUGCCCACAAGAGGAGCACCGUCAGCCUCAGCUGGAUGCCAAGAGGCAGCCUGGUGGCUCCAGGGUUAGUUUCAGUCGGCUGUCCUCCAGGAGGCCUUCUUGGGCAACGUCUGCCACCGACCACCCUUCGGGGAGGCUGAGCCCCGUGCUGGACUCGUGCAGCCAGGACUUUCCCCUCUCGCCCGGCGGCCGGCCUAUGAACCUCAGCACCCAUGAGCCAGUGGAAUAUCUCUACAUGGACGAGGAGGAAGGGUACGCGCUGAUCGAGCGUCAUGUCCCGUGCAUGGACAACGCAUCUGUACUCAUAGACACUACGAGCUCUGAUGACACUAUUGUUUAUGACUGGAGAGCCUACCAGAGCAAACUGGCGGAGCAGGAGAACAAGGAGAACCAGCCCCUGCAGUGCAAGUCACCAAUGGCAACCUCCAAGUUACAUCUCCUCUCUGAUGAAGCCCUCAUUAGGAAGCUGAGAAACCUGGGCACAAACCCAGGGCCCAUUACAAGUCGAACGAGGAAGUUCUACUUGCAGCUGCUCGACAAACUGCUGAAAGACCCGAACACCCAGGCCAGGAAGAGGUCUGUAGGACACAGCCCUGAGCUGGCCUCUGUACUAGAGACCUUUCAGAUCCCGGACUGCAAGGAUGACGAAAUGGCUCUCUCCAGGCAGUUUGACCAGCCCGACAAGAACAGGAAGUGGAGGGAGGGCUUGCUCAAGUCCAGCUUUAACUAUCUGCUGUUGGACCCCAGGGUGACUCAGAACUUACCUUUCCGCUGCCACCGCCUGAGCCAGGCUGACUGCUUUAGGACGUUCAUCAGUGCCGUCUUCUACGUGGGCAAAGGGAAACGCUCCCGACCCUACAGCCACCUCUACCAGGCCUUAACUCACUACAGAGGUGGAAAGAAGCAGGUGUGCCCCAAAGUGCAGCACAUCCUGGACAUCUGGGCAGGCGGCCAGGGCGUGAUCUCCGUGCACUGCUUCCAGAACGUCAUCCCGGUGGAAGCUUACACGCGGGAGGCCUGCUUGGUGGAUGCGAUUGGGUUAAAGAUGCUCACCAAUCAGAAGAAGGGGAAUUACUACGGCGUGGUGGCGAGCUGGGCCAUGAAACGUCGCCGGUGCCUGGGGAUUCACAUGCUGCACAGGGCCAUGCAGAUCUUCCUGGCGGAAGGGGAACGGCAGCUGCGUCCGGCAGACAUCCAGAUUGGGCAGUGAGGUUGCUCCUGCCAACCAUCCUCUCGCCUGGCUGGCGGCUGCAGCUCUAAUUAGAUGGCUGCGUAUGGUGAGCCAGGGCGGUGUACGGCUCGCAGGGGGCGCUGGGAUAAUGGAGCCCUUAGCUAGAUGGGGGCUUGGAGUCAUUCACCAGCAGCAGCAGGGCUGAAACUUGCCGCUCAAGGAAAGGGCGGAUCCAAGCUGCUGCGGAACUGAAGCCUGCUCCUCUCCCUAGAGAAGGGGAAGCAUUAAAUUGCUCUUAACUAACUGGUCGUGGAAGGUGCCUCCUGCCUGCCGGAGGCAGGAUUUUUAAUCACCAAACCGUGAAUUAAAUUUGUCUUUUAUCUCACUGCUCUGAGGUUUGGCAGGAGGCUCAAGAGAAGUCAGGCACAGAGAACACCUGGGGGUUUUACAGUGUUUGUAGCAAACAGACUCGUUCCCUAAUGUCACGUGCUGACCGGCCUGCAAGGGGCAGGGGAGUUUUAAACAGACCUGUUAAUGGCUGCUCAUGUUCUUGAUUCUGUCUGUGGAAUUGGGCAUGGAGAAAGCGCUGCUGGAGAGGGCACGUGGGGAGCACGACCUUUUACACACUGCUAGUUUCUGUGCUGCUUUAAGGUUUGUAUUUUUUUAUUAGUCUUUCCAAAAGAGGAAAGAGGGUUUUUUAAAAAAAAUAAAUCACUGUGGAUGGCUCUUAGCACAGAAGUAGCA